UCAGGAGAGCAUCUUGUUGAGAAGAGAUCUGCAUGUUUUAGGAGCCUCUGGGGUUGGACUAGAUAUGGAAACCAAUACUUUCACUUCUUUCCCAAUCAACUGACUUGGGCUCAGGCGCAGAGACACUGUCAGUCCCUGAAUGCAAAUCUGGCGUCUGUGUGCAACCUCGGAGAGUACCAAGCGAUUCAGAGGGUCAUACUUAGCGGUGCUCGUAGUCAUGUCCCUACAUGGAUUGGAGGCUCAGAUGCUCAAGAGGAGCGUUAUUGGUUUUGGAUCGAUGGAACCCGUUUCACAUAUGCAAACUGGUGUCAUGGAGAGCCUAACAAUGUCGGGGGCAGAGAGAACUGCCUGCAUAUGAAUUGGACAGGUAAAAUUUAA